AUGCUGGCGCUGCCGUGGACCGUGGCACAGAUGGGCUGGGUCCUCGACCCCAUCGUCCUCAUGGGUUGCACCUACGUGACAUACUACACCGCCGUCAUCCUCUCCAACUGCUACCCCUCGCCAGAGCCGUCCAUGGCAAAUGGAACUAAACCUGUAUGUAAAUAUUUUGUUCACAAAAGUAAUGAGACUGAAAGAAGUUCCUUGCCUCGAGAGGGUAGGUCUGUGGUGCUCAGCAACUGCCGCCAUUACAAGGGCCAUGACGUGAACUGCUGCCAGGAUGGUAGGAUGUACCUAGUGUUGUUCAGCCUCGCCAAGGUCGUCCUUUCGCAGUUGCCGGGCCUGGAGAAGGUCACCUCCGUCUCCAUAGUAGCCGCCGUCAAGUCCUUCACCUACUCGUUCGUCAUGCUCUUCCUGAGUGUCACGACCUGCGCAUAA